AUGACAGAAAAGUCGUCAGCGGCCAGCGACGGCGGGCGCGUCAACGCAGGCGCCCAAGACCUAGCCAUCAACAACACCAGAUUUAAUCGCAUCUUCACCAGAGUAGCUCUCAAGACUCUGGCAAAAUUGCACAAGUCCGAUGGGUACUGUAGUCCUAUUUCGCGCAAGCUGAUCAUCAAGACUGGACCUUGGGUCGACUUGACUGAAGCAGCGACCAUGAGAUUCAUCGCCGAGAACACUUCCAUCCCGGUGCCGAAAGUGUAUUGCUCGUUUGUUCACAGGGAUCGCACGUAUAUUCUCAUGGAGCGUAUACAAGGCGAGGAGUUACCUCGUGCCUGGGCACGGCUGGAAGACCAAGGCCGCACCAAAAUCUUUGCCCAGCUCAAACAAAUGAUAGGACAGAUGAGAGCUCUAGAGCCACCUCCUGAUACUGGUGUACAGAGUUGCUGUGGAGGAAGCCUUUACGACUCUCGAAUGAACAGACCUGAGGGUCGCUUCGGACCUUUCGCAACUAUCCAAGAGUUUCACUUGUGGCUUCGAAAAGGGUUUCGGCUGGCCGAGCACCCACAUCCUGAGAAACUGGAUGAUCAAGAGCGGCAAAAUCUCGCAAAAAUGGAAGAGAUGCAAGAUGGACCGUGGCCAAGGCCUGUCUUCACACAUGCUGAUCUCAAUCCCUGUAAUAUUCUUGUGCGCGGUGAGGAGGUAGUUGGUAUCAUCGAUUGGGAGUUUGCCGGAUGGUAUCCGCGCUACUGGGAAUAUACUUCUGCAUGGUUUGGUAACCUGAUCAGAACUGAGUGGCAGAACACACUGAGUGGAUUCUUGGAACAACACCCCGCUGAAUUCGCGAUGGAGAGAACGCGCAAUAGAUGGUGGGGUGAAUUCUGA